GGCGGGCGUCCGGGGCCGGGGGUGGAGCUGGGGGCUCGGGGGUGUACCCGGGGGCGGGAGACUGCACCCGGACGUCUCUAAAUUGGCUGGAGGGGCCCGUCGGCGGCGAAGUUGCUAGCUGGGGGCAGAGACGGCCACGCGGUUGCAGGAAUUGGCCAACGGCUCGUUUCAACCCUGCCUCGUUGGUGGCCACUGGAGAAGCGCGGGGGGCUCCCCAGACAGCCGUGGGGACAAGUUAGAGCCAGCACUUUACCCCGGGCCUCGCGUGUAGCUUCCCCUCCCCUGCUCUAGCUGCCCGUGUCUGGAGGGGGUGCGGGAGCGGGGGUGUGCCCUCCGUACAUGUCCCACGACUCGGGCAACCCUCUGAGCUUCUGUUCCAUCUCGCUCUUGCUUCCUGCACGGUGGUCGAGGGGAACCACUUGGCAUCAUGUCCCGGUAUAGCUACGAAAGUCUCCUGGACUGGCUCUAUGGGGGCGUGGACCCCAGCUUUGCAGGCAAUGGGGGCCCCGACUGUGCUGCCUUCCUCUCUUGGCAGCAGCGGCUGCUGGAAAGUGUGGUGGUCCUGACCCUGGCCCUGUUGGAGAUCCUGGUGGCCCUGCGGCACAUCCUGAGGCAGACGAAGGAGGACGGUAGGGGUGGCCGUGGCUGCCGGCCAGAGCAGGUGACCCAGCGGCCAGAGGAAGGCAAGGAGAGCCUGAGCAAGAAUCUGCUCUUAGUAGCCCUGUGCCUGACCUUCGGGGUGGAGGUGGGCUUUAAGUUCGCCACCAAGACCGUCAUCUACCUGCUCAACCCCUGUCACCUGGUCACCAUGAUGCAUAUUUUUCUUCUGGCCUGCCCUCCAUGUCCUGGAGCUGCCGUUGUCUUCAAGCUGCAGAUGCACAUGCUGAAUGGAGCUCUUCUGGCCCUGCUGUUUCCUGUGGUAAAUACCCGGCUGCUCCCCUUUGAAUUGGAAAUUUACUACAUUCAGCAUGCUAUGCUCUACGUGGUGCCCAUCUACCUGCUUUGGAAAGGAGGUACUUACACCCCAGAGCCCCUCAGCAGUUUCCGGUGGGCCCUUCUCUCAACUGGCCUCAUGUUCUUUUAUCACUUCAGCGUCUUGCAGAUCCUGGGCCUGGUCACCGAAGUGAAUUUGAACAACAUGCUGUGUCCGGCCAUCUCAGACCCAUUCUACGGCCCCUGGUACCGCAUCUGGGCCUCGGGACACCAGACUCUCAUGACCAUGACCCACGGGAAGCUGGUCAUCCUGUUCUCAUACAUGGCUGGGCCUUUGUGUAAAUAUCUGCUGGAUUUGCUCCGGCUUCCAGCCAAGAAAAUAGACUGAAGGUGCUUGAUUUUUUUUUUCCUUUUCUUUUUUUUUCCUCCCUGAGGAAACAAGUCCUGACUUGACUUGGAGAACACCCAGUUCCUGCUGAAAUCAUGGGAGAUGGCAGUAGGAAUUUGGUGUAUUCCUUUUUUCCCUCUCUCCCUGUCUUCCACCGCUCUUCCUUCCCCAGCUCUUCCCCCCAGGACAUCUCCUGGAGCCUGGGGUGGUGCGCUGAGGGUGGGCGUCUUCCUCCUCCCUUCUGGCUCUCUCUCCCUGCUCCUAGUGGCCUUAUGUGGGGAGACAGUAGUCAGUGGCUUUCACUCCACUUGUUGGUGCUUUUACAACAGCUGGUUGAGGAGCGGGAACAACAAGCAGUAGUUGUUUGGCCAUCGUGAUUGGAUGUGUUUCAUUUCUCCACUGCCAGGUACCUCCAGGCUUAUGCUGGGGUCCCCUUUUGUUUCCAGUGCAGCCCCCACCGUAAGGGGACUAAGGCCUUGUUUCUAUACCAGUGGCAAGCCGAGAGCCAAAGGAUUUCCCAGCUCACGGCCAAAAUAGAAACAGCCAGAUUCUUCCCACUGGUGUCCCAUGACUCAAAGCAAGCAGCCAGCCAGCCACCCCUCCAGGAUGCCGCCUCCUCCAGGAUGCUGCCUGCAGUGGGAGGUGGGGGCACUCCCCAGCCCAAUGGCUAAAUCCCACUGAAGGGGGUGGAGAGCUGUUGCUGUGGCAAGUCCAAAGUGAACCAGGUUAAAUAUCCACAGCUAAUACCAGGUGGGACCCUGGGUAAAUUCUGCCUCUGAGAGCUGAAAACUGACCCAUAUCCCAACCAGAAGUGAGCCUAGAAAUUAAUCAACAGAACUGGUAACUUGAGAUAACUAUGAUUUGAAUCGUAUGCUUCAUUUUAGUUCACUGUUGAUAACAGAUGCCAUUGUAAGCACCCCCUAAAAGCUCUCUCUCUCUUUCUUUUUUAAAGGCAGCUUCAGAGAAGGAUGAGCUAGAAUUGCGUUUUUUGCUUUUUGGUUUUGAUUUGUUCGAUUGUUCUGUGAUGCUUGAGUCUGGAGAAUUGUGCAUCAGGGCCUGGUGGUGCUCCUGUUGAUCUGCUUCAUGGUAUUACAGUUUAUGUCAGCGUUCUGAGUGUGGGGAGAUACAGAUCUGCUCGUGGUGUUUCCCUAGGGCCUGGUGGCCGUCACUGUAGCCAGACUCAGUGUUGAGUUGUAUCACCUGAGGGCCAUCACACACUCCCCAAGUCUGGGUUGAAAGGGAGGUACCAAGGAAUUAGGUCCCCAUGGAUGGGAGUUCAAGUACUCUGAAAGGAAGACCUUUUGUUGAAAGACUUGAGCAUGGUUGUGCAUGACCUCAAGAAGGGAGGUGAUCGCUGGGCCUUCGCUGACUCCUUUUUGGCCCUUACUAAGAACAGAAAGGGGGAUUCAGCAACUUCCUCUGACAGGCUUCCCCUCCGUCUCCCUCCCUAGGCAGGCAGGUUCCCCUGGGCUGGUUCCAGUGUUGGAGCUGUUACUGUAUUAGACCUAGAUUGUGCCAGGGACUCAGUGGUCGUGAUUUUAUCAGAUGGACCUACAGGAGAGAGCAGAGUGAGAGAGAGGCUCUCUGAACAAGGGACCACCCUUUUGCAGAGGCCUGCUGGCAAGUAGGUGAUCAAAUCCCCAGGGUGUGGGAGAAUGGGAGGGAGAACAUCGAGUCCUUUUACAUCCCAGGAGCUCCUCAUGGUGGGUGAUCUUCAUUUCUGCCAUCUUCGUGGACUUGGCCACAUUUUUCUUAGUGCCUCUCACCCUCGGGUUGCCUGCCUAGAAGAGGCACCUCUUGAAUGGCUGGAUUCACCCUGCCUGCCAUCAAACUGCUGUGUGUAGGAAUGAUGAGGAAAUGUGCAAGGCCUCAGUGCCCCUUUGUCUCUCUACAAAAAGAAAUGAUGGGAAGAGCCCCCAGGGGCCUGUUCUGCCCCCUACCAAAUACAGAGGCUCUGCAGGCAGGUACACGGUGAGCCCCUCAGCUGGGGUCCAGCAGCCAGGCAGGUAGGCGCUCAGCUUCGGAAUGCCACCAUGACCUCACAGCUGCACUGUUCCUUCUCUUUGUCUCUGUGACAUGGCACAGGUUGCCAGGCAGCCCGAGCUUUCCCCACACUGGCAUGCCUCUAAAAGCUUGCCUUUGCCCAGGCUACAGCUUGGUGCCCCAUUCUGGGCAGCACAUUCUACUGCUUGGAAGGAAAGAAGAAAAUGAAAGCCACUUGCCAUUCAUGACCCCGCUGGAGACAGACACACCUGUCAGGGGAAGGGGAGAUGCAGACUGGCUCAGAAACGUGGAGGGAGAAGGAACAUAGUGAACCAAGUCCACAGGCACCACAGGGAGGCAUGAACUGUAUUUGAGGUUGGGGAGUGGCAGGCAUCCAAACUGAUCUCAGCCUAGGCCAGGCCCGUAGAGAGGUAGCUUGGCCAGACCCGUGGCAGCCCGCCUUGAAGGGAGGUCCCUGUGCCAGUGGGCCCGGGCUUCCCACUCCUCCCCAGGGCUUUCCUGUCAGUGCCAAGGAGGUUCCCCCACCACACUGGCCAAGUUUCCAUACACCAUUUGCCAGCGUGUGGGAGCUCAGUGUGUGUCUGAGAGAGUGUUUGUAGAAGUGGAUGGUUUCUCCUCAAACCCCCAGACAGCACUGGCCAAGGAUCUGGGCCAGUGAGAACAGUUUGUUGAGCUGGCCAGCUCGGGGCAUCAGGAGAGAGAGACAGUCGCAGCUGCUUGCAGCCGCAUGCCUUUCCCAGGAGUUUGGUUCUGCACACCAAAGAUGAUCAGGCCCACCUUCCCAGAGGCCCAGCGGUGGGUUCCUCUGUCUGCUUGCUAGGAAGCCAUGGACUCAGUCUCGCCAAGUCGACAUUCUCCCUUUCUCCUUGGACUUUUCAGCACUCACAGAAGCUGUGUGUAGCGUGGUUGCGCUGAGGGAGGCACCGGCACGCUUUCACCACCUGGUCCCUCAAGCCUGGCAGUUGGAGCAUCGCUUCCUGCUGCAGCCUCUGUAGGGGGAUGGCCACCUGCUCUCAUUGGAGAUGCAGUGUUUGGUUGCCAGCAGGCCUCUGUGUGCCCUGGGAGUGAGCUAGGUGGCUGGGUGGCAGAAGGCCCUCCCCCUGCCCGGGAUUUCUGGAGUCAUCCUUCCUGUUUGGAAGACUGAAGGGGAAGUGGGGGAGGAGAACUGAAGGGUUGCGCGUGGCACGGUAGGACAAGAGGCCGGUGCUGGUUUGGGGAAAUCGGGAGCAGGCACAAGGGAGGGUGCUCCUCAGGCCCCUGCAUGCCCCUGGGCAAGGUCCCAGGUGAGGGCGGCCUCCCCGCUGGGCACCCUGCUCCGCUCUGCUCUGCCCUCUUGGAGGGGAGAGAGUCCAUGUGGGGGAGUGAGCCUUCCUUUUCUGUAUAUAGAGUGAGCCAAUGUGUGCUCAGGAAAACUAGUCGCUUGUUGUUGCUCUCAUGUGUGACAUUUUUAUACACUGGUUUGCUCCUGUGGCACAAAAACAAAAGUCAUUUCAAACAAAGCUGUUUUGGAAACUUGCUUCUUUUGGUGUCAGUUUUGUAUUACAUUUUAAAGGAUUCUUUAUAUAUUGGUAUCCUUGUGGUAGAGAGAAUAAGAUAGUCUAGUCUGUAAUUAUUUCUGCGGGGAAAUUGGCAGAUGCCUCUGUCCCUCUUCACCUCCUCCCCCUAUCCUUCCUCAUUCCCGAGGGAGGAUUUCUAUGCACUGGGCAGACCCCUCCCUGUCCCUGUUCGCCCCAUGCCCGUGGCUCUCUGUAGAGAUCAGUCUUUAUAAUCCCCCUAAACAGCAGCAGGGCAGGUAUUUUUGCCAAGUCAGUUUUUGGGUAUUCUAUGCCCUCACCAGUUUGCCCACCUCUUGGGGCAUUUUGUAAGGUGUUUUCUCUGUUUUGUAAAACUUUUUGAUUGUGCUGAAAUGGUUUCUGCAGUCACGUUUGGAAAUAAAUAGUCAUUCAUUUGUAUACUUAGCAUUUUGAAUUUGAGUCUUAGGUGUUUCUUUGUUGACGAUCCCUGAAUAAAAAGAAACCCUCACCAUGGGACUUGCUGUUAAAA